GGGUGCCUGGUAUAACCCAUUUGACGUGCAAAUAUGCCCGUUUUUGACACAUGCCUAUUUUGACUUUCCCCUUUUCACAAGCUUGUUUACAUGAAUUGGGCCUCUGGAGUUUUACAUCUUGGCUAGCAUGACUUAAUGUAUGAGAAUUUCUAAUCCAGAUAAGUCUGUUUUGCCAGCGUUGCUUUCCAUAUGCUCUUCUGCCUCCUUCCACUUUCCCUUCCCUCAGAUGCAAACAUCUGCAUGCUGCCUCUGCUAGGCCAGGGAAGAGUAAAAACUAGCCGUAAGCAAAGCAAGCCCACCCACCCCCUUCACAACAAUACUUGGGGUGUGGGGGGGGAGCUGUGCAUAAAUAUCCAAUCUCUGCAGUGGCACAGACGUGCUGUGACUUCUUAUGAAUGUUGCACCAUGAAUAUUAAGUUGCAUUCCUGCACAUUCAGAGGCUGUUGCCCUGAUCCUGCACACGCUGGAAAUGAAGGGAAGGGGAAAGGCCCGUUAGGGUGUCUAAUUCCUGUUAAGAAUACAAAGUUUUCUCCUGCGGUGUGUUCUCUAGGAUUUUGUCCACUGGCUUUUAAUGUCUUCUCUGCAGAGACAUGCAGUGACUUAAAAAAAGGAAAGAAUCAGACUGACUGACUGACUCCUGCUUGGCUAGGCCAGAUUUCAAUGCCUUGGCUUUCAAAGGCUUCUGUCCUUUCUAAUCACACCCCCAUGUUAACACCAGAUCCCAUUCUUCAAGCAGGAUUUGUUAACUUCAGGGGAAGGCACCUGAUUAAUGGCAGAGAUCCUGUCGAACACAACCUCUCUUAAAAAGAAAAAGGAAAAAAGAAAUUUCUUGUAGGAGACUGGAGCAAUUAGAACCUGUCCUUAAUCCCUUUUUAUGUAGCUAAAUACAUUCAAGAGAGGGCAAUUUAAUAUGACAACAAAGGUGAUGUCAAGUUUCUGUCUUCAUUACAUUAAAUGUUCUUCAUUUUAAAGCCUAAUUUCCAGAACUGAGACAUUUUGCUGGAGCUCCAGAGUCCUUGUUCUCUGAAGGGGGGAAAAAUCAACCUCCACCACCAGCUUGGCCUUAAUUAUACAGCUUGUCUAGUUAACAGCUUGUCACUUUUUCUUUCUCUUAUUGUUCAUAUUGAAUAGUCAUUUAUUAGUGUCAUUAGCUUUCCUUUCCUGAAGGGCAAGUAAACAAAAGCCUAUCUUCUGAGAACUGAUCAAAACCUCUGUUAGAAUUAAUUCUCAGGCAGGGAAAAUUAGCAUUUUGCACCUCUUCCAUUUUUAUUCCUAGGUGUGCAUUUCUUUUUACAUUUUUGAGCUGGCAUCGUAGAGCUGUCUAAAACCUAUCAAAUGGCCUAGCUUGCUUGUCGACUCCCACCCAGGUCUACAUUUUCAGAACUGAUUGGUGACAGGGCUUCCAAGCACAUUAUUGAAUGGGAAUUUCACAUGCUGCUGCUUGCUAUACUAUUACUACUACUGCCUCAGUGUUUUGGCCCUAAAACAGGACCACACGAGGCUCUGAAAAAGCACAAGCUAUUAUGUGGUUGGGAUAGUCCUUCCCUAUCAUCUAGGCCUUAGAGUUGGCAUCAGACUCUGAGGUGAAAAUCUCUAGAAGAUCUUUGUUGAAUGAUGGCUCUAGUAAAAGCACUUAGCCAGUAUAAAAUUCCUGCAAAUAAAAUAAUAAUAAUAAUAAUAAUAAUAAUAAUAAUAAUAAUAAUAAUAAUAAUAUUCCACUGUGAUGUGGCAGAAGGACGAGCAGGAAACUGACAAAAGAUUUUCAGGGGAGGAGGAGGAGACAAGAGGACUAUGACUGUUGGAAGAUGAAUUCUCAAACUCACAAGAGUCAGGUGGUUUGGGAAGUCAUUGGAAAUUAAACAAAGGGUCUGCUGGUUUCUCUGUAAGGUUUCCAGACUCAAAAGAGAGCAGGGCAAUUAAAGGCACAGAAGUCCUGUCCACUAUUGAGUCUGGCAACCCUAGUCAUGGAGGUAGUGACCCUGAAGAGGGUUCAGAUCUAGUGCCCUGUGGUCUUUGGAAGGGUCACUGUGGUCUAUUGUCCAGUAAGGACUCCCCCACACUUCUGGUUUCCCUGUUGUUUACAGAUGAAUCAGAGCAAAUGUCCAUCAGGUUUCCUCUGGAUUGACGUUGGCUCUGAUUUAGCGCUAAAGAGCGGGGUUUUGUGGGGAAAGUGGUGGGGCAAAAGCAGAACUGCUUGAACCCAUAUCUACGUAGUAGGCACGGGACAAAUGGAAAACGUGAUUGGACUCAUGCUUUCUAGGCAUGGGGCAAGCUGAAGUGUGGCUGAGCGCAAAAUCUUACUGGUUCAUGACCCUGCCACACACAAAGGGCUAACAGCAUUGAUGGUGUAACUGAGCCCUGACAUGAAACAUCAACAACAGCCAGUGCUGUUGCUAAAUGUGCUUUUAUUUGCCUCCCUUGUUCAAGGGUGCUUCCAGAAGUUGUCUGAAUAUUGUAAAUGGAGGACCACUGAGGUAUCUCACAAACAGGUCAAUAGGCUUCAUAAUAACAGCAAUGACAAAACAGCGACAUACGGUAAAUGUUACUGCAUUAGAAAGCGUUUCAAUACAUAAAAUGUAGCAACAUUACUCUUCCUGGCAAUAGCAAAAAUAGCAGAGGAGUUUGAACAGUUCUGCCUUGGUCCUAGCUGUUCCUGCUGUGUCUGCUGCACAUUAGCCAAGGAUCAAGUAAGUGUGAUCAAAUAUAUUCGUCUUGACUUCCCCCACAAACCACUGCCCUAUUGACAUCACCAGUCAGACAGCAAUUCCUCCUGUGGUGUUAUUCAGCUUCUCCUCCUCCUGCAGUUUCUGACAAGGCUUCCAAGGCAGGGGAGCUGGAAACACUCCUCCCGUGAUGUUACGGCAUGUAAGUCGUCAUGACCAAAGUUAGGUCAUUGAGAAGAGCCUUAACUGUAUUUUGCAACAUAUCGUUGAUUAAGAAUCUGAUUUAGUGUAGGCUUCCUUCAGCAAGAAACAUGGCAGCUGCUGCCUCAAGACGUAUGCUCAUGUUAUGGCUGCCAUGUGGGAGCUGCUUUAAACGCCUUAGAGGUGGGCCUCUCCACAUGUCAAGCUGAAGGAAUAUAAAGCUCUCUUCACUGCACUGCAAUGGAGGCCUUGCUUGCAGCCCCACCACUCUUUGUUGUUUGAGGAGCAGUGUUGUUGGGAGGUAGCCUUAUCGGUAGUGGCCCCCACAUUGCAGAAUGGCCUCCCUUCUGAGGAGCCUCUUGUGUGCCAGCAUUGUCAACUUUUUGAUGAUUGGUCAAGACACACCUCUUUACCCAGGUCUUGGGUUGAAUAAGGUGUCUUCCCUCUGACUAUAUUGCUGUUCUCUGCUGCUGCUUCAUUCAUUUUGUUAUUGGUUAGUUUUGUAGUUUUGCUGUUACAAUUUUAGUUUGAAUUGUGCUUGCUUCAAUUGUGACAGUUUUGGUGGGCUGUAAGUACAAAACAAACAAAUAAUGAGUAUUUAAAGUUGUGAAAACAUGGGCUUUUAUGCUUAUGGUGGAGUCAUCAUGUGACAAGUUAUUUGUUUAUUGACAGCUUUUAUAUGCCACCCAAACAAUGGGUAGCUUACAAGUAAUGAAAGCAUUAAAAUCCAUGAACUGCAGAACUAUAGAAACAUUAAAUAAAUUCCAACGUGAAAAACGUUCAGCAGCAGAACAAUGUCACUAAAACUCAUCUAAAUUUCAGUGGAUUUAGAAACUUACAAAGCCUGGAAAUAUAAAAAGUAUUCUCUUGGUGCUGUGUAAAGUCCAUAGCGAAGACACCUAAUUCCAAAAUUAGGCUGCCACCACUGAGAAGGCCCUUUCCACAUGUUGAGCUUCACUUGGUGGGGACACCUGGAGAAAUUCCUCUUUUUCUGCAGGCAUUACUCCCAGUCCAAUUCAAUCGCUCAAAAAUUAGCAAAGGCAGGCAGUGCUGAGGCAAAGGAACUACCCAACUAUUUCACAUUGAGUAGAACUCAAGUAUGCCUUUGCUUGGCACCUGCAGUCCUUCUCUGAAUGGUUGUUUGAAUAGUCCUGAAAAAAGUCAUUCUCUGAGGUUCAGAUCACAUGGGCCUGGGAUAUGAGUUUCACAUUCCGAGCCAGUAUUCACAUGCAAUUGGAAAAUCUAGACUCUAUUGCUUACACGCUAUGUGCUUGCAAUGUAUAGAAUUCGUUAUGACCGUCCACUGAGCCCCUCCCUGUACUUAGUUUAGUUCCAGGGAGCUUCCUACUUGAGGUUUAGCUGCUGGAAGAUCAGGAAUAGCAGGUAUCAGGCAUGCAGCUACGCAUGUUUGCUCUGAAGCAGCUUCCACUAUGUCCAAUGGAAGUGACUUCCAGAGCUCGCCGGAGGGGCCCAUGGAGAGUUACCGGAAUGCCACCGAGGUGCAGAUGACUCAGAUGGUGCAGCCCUGCCACACCAACCACCGCCGCGAGCUCAGCAUUGGGCAGCUCCUCAAAUGGAUCGACACAGCCGCCUGCCUCUCCGCCGAGAGGCAUGCUGGCUGCCCCUGCGUCACGGCUUCAGUGGAUGAUAUCUAUUUUGAGCACACAAUUAGUGUUGGGCAAGUUGUCAACAUCAAAGCAAAAGUGAACCGAGCAUUUAACUCUAGCAUGGAGGUUGGUGUACAGGUCAGCUAUGAAGACCUGUGCAAUGGGGAGCAGUGGAAUGUCUGCAAGGCCUAUGCAACUUUUGUGGCACAAGGCAAGCCGUCUGCAAAGAUCAAGUUAAAGCCCCUGGUUCCUCAAACCGAAGAGGAGAAGAUUGAGUACAGCGUUGCAGCUGAACGCCGCCGCAUGCGACUGGCCCACACAGAGACCAUCAAAGACCUUGUUACUAACAGCCCUGUCCAGUCCGGUACAGAAAUCCCCAGGCUCCUUUCAGAGUUUGAGAACAGAGAGUGUGGCAUGAUGGUACCUGCAGAAAAGACCAGAGUGGAAAGUGUGGAACUCAUCCUGCCCCCACAUGCCAACCACCAGGGGAACACAUUUGGAGGACAGAUCAUGGCCUGGAUGGAAAAUGUGGCCACAAUAGCGGCAAGCCGAUUGUGCCAUGCUCACCCCACCCUGAAGACGAUCGAAAUGUUCCAUUUCAGGGGACCAUCUCAGGUUGGGGACCGCCUCCUGUUCAAGGCCAUUGUCAACAAUGCAUUCAAGAACAGCAUGGAGGUUGGGGUGUGUGUAGAGGCUUAUCGGCAUGAAAUGGAAGUCAGCCGAAGACACAUCAACAGUGCUUUCAUGACCUUUGUGGUCUUGAAUGAUGAGGGUCAGCCACGCACACUUCCAAUGCUAAAACCAGAGCCUGGGGAUGGAGAAAGACGGUUCAAAGAAGCUAGCGCUAGGAAAAAAAUCAGACUGGACAGAAAAUACGUCUUUUCCUGCAAGCAUACAGAAGUACCUUUGUCUGUGCCUUGGGAUCAAAGCAAUAAGGUUUACCUGAGUUACAACAAUGUUACUGCACUGAAGACAUUAGUAGCAAAGGCCAACUGGGUGCUUACAUCCGAAAGAGACAAGGUCAAGAUGUACACACUGGAAGAGGACAAAUUCCUCUCUAUCCGAAUAGAAAUGACCAUCUGCAUUGAUGCAAUGCAGGCCUUUCUGCUGCUCUCGGACCUGCGACACAGGCACGAAUGGGACAGCCAUUAUGCGAGUUCUGAACUUGUCCAACAAGUUGAUAAAGAGGACAUGAUCUAUCAUGUUGUUAGCCAUACUAUGAGCGAGGAAAACAAGCCUCAGGACUUCGUCAUCCUCGUGUCACAAAGGAAGCCUUGCAGCAAAGGUGAUCCAUAUGUUGUAGCAUUCAGAUCUGUCACACUGCCAACACAUCCAGCAAAACCAGAGUAUACCCGCGGGGAGACCUUGUGUUCUGGCUUCUGUAUUUGGCAGGAAACAGAUGAGCUCACCAAGGUGUCAUAUUACCAUCAGGCCACUUCAGGUGUUUUGGCCUACAUUACAACUAACAUUGCUGGCCUCUCUUCAAGCUUCCAUUCCACCUUUCAAGCCUGUGAACAGUUCCUCCAGAAAAACAAAGACAAUCUCUCGGUUGGGCUUCAGAAUCUUUAGUUGUAUAGAAACCAGUCCUGUCAUCUUUGUCUGACAAUGAGCAUUGUUGUAAAUAUUGAAAUGACAGCUCAGUGUAUGUGAUAAAAGGAGAGGAAAGAAACAGGUUUAUUCAAAUGCACAAAUUGCACAGCCCUCACUUGUGCAGGGAAGUCACUUUUAUUGGCUUAUGAUCAGAAUGAAGUUUUUAUGCAGUACAAUUUAAUGAUCAGUAACUUAGCAAUCAUGUUUGCACUUUAGGAAGUAACUUGUUCUGAUCCGUCCUGGGUUUUACAUCUCCUUAAUUGCACCUGUGUUGGCUUCUAUUGAAGCCUUGUAUAUAUAUUUGAUUGGCAGAGAAAUGGGAUGUCAAGAAAAACUUGAAAAGGGACUGUUUCUGUGUCUAGAACACUAGAUGGGAGAACAGCUUUCAACUGAAAAUCAGUAGCUUAAAAAUGACUUUUCAUAUAGAGGUGAAACGUUUUUUAAAGUGCUUUUUAACCAAAGCUAUUGAGCUUCACAAGAAUUCAGAACAAAUUCAUUGCAACAAUUGUUCGUCAUUGGAAGAAUCUACAAACUAAUUUUUGAAUUGGUGGAGGGCAUUCUUAACUACCUACAGUGCACAUUGCACAAAAUCAGCACAGUAUUAAAUCAUGUCACGUUAGCUUUUCUUCAACCAUUAUUUAGUAUCAAUGUGUCUUUCUUGAAUGUUGGAAGUUUUUUUAUCAUCAGUCUGAGCCUGAGGGAGAUUAAAUUAUUUUGCCCUGGAGGUGACGUCCUUCUCAUGUAAAAAUCAUUCAAACUUGCCCUUCUGGUACUUGGAAUGGAGGAGGAUGAAUAAUCUAUUCUUUGAUCCAUAAACUAAGUACCUCAUCUUCUGUUUUACUAGGUGGGUAUUUUCUCUUACUCUUUUGUAGCAAAGUUUGCCAGUUCUGGUUUUGAAUCUUUUUGACAGAGCUGUGGGACUUUAUUGACAUUUCUCUCAAUAAAAGAAUAUUUAAAAAUUUAAAAGCUCCCGAGUUUGCAUUUGUUGGUCACAAACUGCUCAGGUGCUAUUGGAGGCUAUGAUGGCAUGCCUCCAUUUUAUAAUUAUAUAUGUGCAUGUUAAAUUCUCAUUUCACGCUCCACAGGGCUUAGCGCUGACACUGUUAAGCACAUACAUAUAUUCCUGGGUUCUGAAGCUGCCCAUAACAUGGGUGGUACAUCAGGGAGGCUGUUAACUCUGGUUAAGGAUUGGUUUACAUGCUUCAGCAGCAGAGCUGAGAACUGCAGUGGAUCUCUUUCUUGUACACGAGAUCACACUGUAUGGGUAGCAGUUGUGUAACAAUGUAUGAUAUGGUUCCCCAAGAACCACUGAUGUCUGCCAAAGUCAGCCUGCUUCUAGGAUUUUCUUGCUUUCCUGCACAUGUAUGUCAUGCUUCUGCAUUCACAUUAUGCAAGCAUGGAAGCUGAGGUCAAAUACAGAAUUCAGUACCUUGGGAUUAAUUUUUCAAAAAAUCUAGUUCCUAGUACUUUGAGGUCCAGAAAGAAGAUGAAAACAUGCAAACCAAUCAGUGUGAAAGAGAACUGAGCACAACUUGUGAUGGUUAAGGUUUAGAAGAAACUAAACAAUUUAGUCAAGAAACUGAACUAUUUUAUAUUCUCUAUCAGCUAAAAUGGGACAUUUUAAAGAAAUCUCUAAAGCUACUGAAUUUUGUAAUGUACAAACCCGUUGGUGAUGCUUCAGCCAUGUCCUCAGAACGUCCACCUCCACCGUCUGAGAAUGAGUUUAGUUCAACUUCAUUCAUUUGUCAAGUUAUUGUGUGUCAUGUCUGCCUUCUCUGCUAACACUAAUUUGAAAGUUGUCUCAGCCAAAUAGGAUGGCAUUUCCAAGCUGUUUAUGCAGCAGCACCGUCCAGAUGGCAAGAAGCUGAGGAUACUAUUUGUUGUAGAAGUUGCUGCAGGGACUAUGAAUUGGUUCCUUUUUUGUGUAUACACAUUGACUGAAGUAGCAGAGUUUAAACAUAUCAGUUGAUCUGGUGGUAUCAGCCUAGGAGCUUGCCACGUUGAACUUCCUGUUGUGCUGAGAACCAAGAACAAGCACACUUGGACCUGAACAUCUAGUCCAUGCGCUAAACUGCCAAUCCAGCUGCAAAACAAAGGAAGUCAACCAGAUUCUGGAGCAUACCACUGCUGGUGAUCUGACUCUGGGCAGGAAAAAGCUGCAAGAAGAGCCUUGCCCAAUGUGAGUCUCUGCUGUGGCAUAGCUAUUCUGGAGCUCUUCAGUUGGCCAAUGAGCCAAGAGGGGAAAGGUUACUGGACUCAGAAUUAAAUGAAAAAACUUGAAACUUUGCUGGAUCAGCGCAAAUCAGAUGUAUAACAAAGAGCGGGACUUGGAUGAGGUCGCCCUGAUUCUUUGUGCUUAGUCUCAACUGAAACUACAGGGAGUUGAAAUGUUUGUUCAUGAAAACAAACACAAAUGACUUUUAUACUAUAAAAACAAGCCCUUCAUAUGUUCUUGGAUGGCCCAUUGGCCACAUGGGCAGGGGCUGAUGGGAGCUGCAGUCCAACAACACCUAGAGGGCCACAGGUUCCCAUCCUUGGUAGGUAAGGGUCACGGCUCAGUGGGAGAACAUCUGGUUUGCACGCAGAGGGUCCCAGGUUCUCUUCCUGGCCAGGUAGGGCCUACAGCUACCACAAACGCUAGCCAGCAUCACCAUGGCCAGCCUUAGUCAUUUGUUGUCUGAAAUGGUUGUUAGAAUAUGAGUCAAUGCAGGAAACUAGGCAAGUGCCUAUUUACAAGCCUGGUGAAUUUGGUUGCUUAGAAGAGGGGUGUGUGUGGCUGUGCCUGUAUGAUAUGCAAAUAUUUCAUAAUCUCACUUGAAUUUUGCCUGCAUCUUGGUGCAUUUUCAAAAGUAAAAUUUAAUACUCACAUGCCAAGUCUCGGAACUGAGUCAACACAGGUUCAAAAAGGUCGUAAUAGAUUUGUUCAGGUUGGCUAUUCUUUCGGAUAAAGAGGAGAUCAUCCACUGUAACUGGAUCAGUCUUCCCUUGCCAGAGAGUCAGGCUGUACCUAGGAAGAGAAGUCAUUUGGGGGGUUACAGGAAGUUUUUGCAAGCUGUGUAGUCAAGGAUGUUAAACAGCAAAUCAUUCAGUGCUAAGCUCCAAACUAUACGUUAUGUGGGAGAUCCAUGAUUAGGCUGCAAUUGACUCGAUACCUGAGAGGUGUAUGCUUUGGGGUUUGUGGUUUGAGGAAAUGGUAUAGAAGGGAAUGGGGAGCCAAGAACAGUACUGUAUUGCAAAAUUCAUAAAGGUCUGAUUAGUAUAUAUUUUAUUAAAUUUAUUUUCCUCCUCCCAAAGGAGUCCAGGGCAGCAAACACUUAUGUGAUAAUUAAAAAACUGUUAAAAACAUCUGAAGACAUUAAAACAUCUAACACAAAUUUAAGAACAGAUGUAACCAAAUCCCAAGCUGACCCACCAAAAGAGAAACAUUUUCAGCAGGCAUCUAAAGGAUACAGUCAUGGCACCUGCCUAAUAUCAACUGACAAGGCAUUCCAAAAGUACAGGUGAUUUCUCACUACAGAAAUGACUCUGUAGGAUAUGCCUACAGGGAUGACUUUACAGGGAUGCAGCUCUGAAGGAUAAUAAUGUUCCAAUCUGCACAUCAGUCCAAGAGAUGUAACCCAGCAGGGCUGUUAGGAUCAGAAUCACCAAAGAUCACAUUCCUCAAGCAUCCCGAGUGGUAAGCAACCACUUCCUCUUCCCCCUACUCCCAUUUUGCCGUGAUUAUUCUGGCUGUGUCCUUGUGCUGCACUGUAGGGAGAUCAGUGUUGUAUCUUGUGGGCAAUGCAUUCUUUGUUCCCAAGACAGCACUUUUUGAAAGGCGGUUGGUAUGUUUUGUGACCGGGAAUAUGUAGAUUCAUUCUAAUAUUAGCAGCUCUGUUUUAAUCUGAUCUAUUGCAUACAGUUUGCAAGUUUCUAGUGCGCGAGUAAACCAAGAUUUCUGAAUUAAUCUGUGUGUGUUGCAGCGGAGAUAAACAAUAAGUGUGCUGUAAAUCUCUUACCUGUCAGACUGGCUGAGAAGCCAGCUCAAAUGAGGCCAGGCUGGUCUUGCCAUGACAGCUCUUAUAGGGAAGGUGAUUCGCUGAGGCAGGUUCUCUACGAGGC